CCCCUGUACGAGCAUCUCCGGGUCAAACAUGGAGUCGAUGGGCUUGUGGGCGGUAUUGCUGUGUUUCGAGCACACCCAUGAUGGCCAUGAUGGAAGCGAGAAGUCUACCCUCUCGGAUUGUCCUGCUGGUGCUGCUCCCUGCGACCCUGCUUCUCCAAUUUUGCCGGCGGUCCUCGCACCUCUUCCGACACACCAGUCGCCUACGCACCCUCAAGCCUGAGGUUCCACGAGACCAGCCCUUUCCGAUAUCGAUCCCUUACUAUGCCUCCGCGACAGAGUUGCCGGCGAAGCUGCCCACGACACGAGACAUCGAACGAGCCCGGGUUGUCUUGUCAGAGCGCCUCACCGCAAAGGUCGUUACCGUGGGUCCUCAUUUUGUGGUCAAAUAUGGAGAGGGCGUUGAUCCGGAAGAAGGGCGAAUGAUGCUAUUUGUGCAACAGCAUGCCAAAGUGCCAGUCCCCCGUGUUUACGCCAUCUAUCAUGACUGUGGCAAGAACUUCAUCGUCAUGGAACGAGUGGAUGGUCAGACUCUACACGCAUCAUGGCCCACUCUCACACCCCCGGAAAAGAAGCUGGUCGCAAAUCACCUCAAGGAAUGUUUGUUUCGAAUGCGUGCCAUCCAAUCACCAAAUGGAUAUUGCAGUCUGGACGACAGACCGCUGCGCGACGCCCUGUUUUGGAGUGGUCAUGCAGAUGAACCGCUGAGCCGCCGCGGGCCCUUUGCCACGGAAUCGGAACUCAACAGCGCAAUCGUUAAGAAAUGCCGGACUAUGAAGGCCAUUGAGGGAAAGGCCGGUUUCUAUCAGGACAGCCUUCCACUGGUAUUUCGUGACCACCCUCCGACUCUCACACACGGCGACCUGCAACCCAAGAAUGUCAUGAUCAAAGCCAAGCCAAAGACUGGAAUCGAGAUUGUCCUUCUGGACUGGGAGUGUGCAGGUUGGUACCCGAGCUAUUGGGAAUAUGCUCAGGCAAUCAUGGCGUGUGGGUGGUUUGAGGACGACUGGCACCAUUGGGUAGGCAAAUUCUUGGACCCAUAUCCGAACGAGUACGCCUGGCUGCUCAUGCUGGAAAAUGAAAUUGGAUGGUGACAGUUCUCAUCGUCGUUUCACGCCGGGUCCUCGACCACUCCAGUCCGCCACCAUCACUUUGUCUGGCCGAUCUCCUGGAGAACUCCUGCGGCCCGCAAGUCACCGAGCGCCUGGUACACCCAAUGGCGGCAAUCUCGCUCCAUUCGCACUCCAGACACUGUUCGGAUGCAAGGAAUGGGCACAUUCUGACAAAUCAUGUCGACGCGUGGCAGGUCCUCCCGUGCUACUUUCCCCCUCGGCCACAUCUUGUACAAGCUCCUGGACUUCUCGGGCCGCUCGCAUCCACAUGCUUCGUACCGGAAUCCAGCGGUGUGGGAGCCGACGGCGUGGUACAUCAAGCCGCCUUUUUGGUCCCGGUGUAUAUAGAUGGCGGCAUGGAAGGCGGGAAGACGCUUGUACUGGACCUCAUAUACCGUCAUCAUGGCCAUUUUGUGUGAUAGGGCGCCUUUUGUGGCCGUUAGGUUUCCUAGAGGAAGAGUCGACUUGAGAAGGGAUUAAUUAUGAGAACUAUCAUCGAUCGUACGUGAUUGCGAGAAACAACGACAAGCGGCAACGAACAACGGACCAGCCAACAACAAGAUUCGAUGAAACCCGGCAAAGAAGGGGAAAUCCAGAUGGAACGGUGGUUUUCAAGAAGGAAGGGAGGAAGAAGACAAAGAUAAAGAGGCUGCUGCGAGAGCUCACAAGCGAUGUCAGUCGCAUGACGAUGAUAAAUGAUCAGGCUGAGAUGGACAACACCGCCAAGGAUUCUUGCAAGGUGGAUGUCUACCAUUGGUGGACGGCGGCCUCACCAUUAAUUCUACGUCGCUCUGCAGCUUUUAGCUGGCUGGAGUCGCAACUGUCAAGCGGCCAGCGAGGCUUCAUUUUCAAUACAGCCAAAGUUGGUCUUCAAUGGCUUUGAAUGAAUCAGCCCAAGCGAUACAUCACGGUUUGUUGAGCCAAUCUCGUGUCUCGUCGGCUUCCCUCAGAAAGCCACUGUCAUCGCACGGGAGGCCGAGAGUUCAGAGAGCCACCUCCCUCCAUCCAUCCAUCAAUCAGUCCAUCCAAGAAUCCCCCUCCAAUGCUUUGCAUCUCUCACAACACGUCGACCUCUUCAGGACUCGACCGGCUUUGGCUCAUGUUUCGCGGCAUGAAAUCUGGAGCUCACGCCUGACGUUCCUCAACUCCGAAUGCUCAGGCAGUCUGACAGGGCCCGGAAGAGACCUCCUUGGCUGCAAUGUCACACUGCACCGCAACACUUCCACAAUUUCCGUCGACAAUGCCCGAUAUUGCUGAUGCCUCGGCCUCGGCGAUCGCUUCCAGCCGGAGGAACUCCAGUUCCGUCCAAUUGAAGAUAUUGUCGUUCUCAAAGACCUGCCGUCCGAAAAAAUUGCUGGAGAGUUUUUGCAGGUAGCGAUAAUCAGGCUGGUGUCUCUCUUUCGAGCCGUGCACAUACCUCAUAUACUUUGCGAACUCGGCAGGGAGGCCUGCGCAGAGUUCCUCAGCACUGGUCGUUUCCAUCAGAAGCAAGAUACGCAGGGUCAGGUGGUCGCCCUCCCUUACGCCUUGGGUUCGGAUAUGUUGCCAGGAGAGUUUCCCCUUUGCAAAAUCCACCAACAUGUAGCCCAAGGCCUCUAGUUCAUCGCAUGCAGAUUCUGCUGUCAACCAUGUCAGAUGGCCUGUGUCCACAUGCACGUCCAUGACCGAGACGCUUACAACCUCCUUAAUGGACGUUGAUACUCGCAUAUCUCAGGGUGCAAACCACAUACGCGCGAGGAACUUUCAGGCUCUGAGGAGCAGGAUCCGCACAGCCAUCGGAUCACGGGCGGUGGAGAAGCGUCAGACCGAAACCAGUGAGAGGAAGUUUCGGGGAGUGAUGCCUGAAUGCAGAUAAUGAUGUGAAUGGAGCGUUUCGAGUCGCGCAAGGAGGUGGUCUGCCAGCAUCAACGUCGUCUUGAGAGAUAAUUGGCCGCCGCCAAUACAGAACUUCCCGAAACGUACCUACCCCGGCGGACACAUUGCAACUUUCUGGACAAAAGCCAAGGAAAGAAUGGGUCACGCUUUACCUACGAGAGCAUGGUCACAUUUUUGUUCAGUUGGCGAAUCAUAGCUCGAACUUGUUCCUCACCGUA